AUGGAAAGCAUAAACAAAUCAGAGCAAACGAAAAAAUUGCUUAUAAAAUUCGAGGCAAAGGAUAAUGGAAGCUCGAUGAUUAAAGAUUGUGAUUGGUGGUCAUUAGGUCGUUUAAAUUUUGAAUAUUUCUUAGUGCCACAACUUAUUUUAUACAACGUUCAAUUCAAUACACAUGCGGCAUAUUUUUCUCUUGUAGUGUUUCCAGUAAUUUGUAUAAAUAAAUUGCAUUUUAACAAGGUUUUCUCAACGCCACUGAAUCAAAUUAAAGCUGCAAGAAGAAUGCCUUAUGCAUACACCAAGUUUUGUGCAUGA